GCAAUUCUGUUCACCUUCCUACCCCUCCUCUGUCUCUGCCUUGCAGGCUCUCAGCCAGGGGCUGCCGGCGAGCCUUCCAGAGCCGACCUGCCACUGAGCCUCACCAGGGAGACCUUGGGCCGCAAACCUGUUGUCCACGUGGACAGGAGCUGACAUCUCGCGUGCAUCUGCCAGGCCCCCCGCAUCCAAGCUCCGAGACAUGGCCGCCAACAGCAGCAAGGUGGCCGAUGGGCAGAUCUCCACAGAGGUCAGCGAGGCCCCCGUGGCCAGCGACAAACCCAAGACCCUGGUGGUGAAGGUGCAGAAGAAGGCCGGGGACCUCCCUGACCGGGACACGUGGAAGGGCCGCUUCGACUUCCUCAUGUCCUGCGUGGGUUACGCCAUCGGCCUGGGCAACGUCUGGAGGUUCCCCUAUCUCUGCGGGAAGAACGGUGGUGGGGCCUUUCUGAUCCCCUACUUCCUGACGCUCAUCUUCGCGGGCGUCCCGCUCUUCCUGCUCGAGUGCUCCCUGGGUCAGUACACGUCCAUCGGGGGCCUGGGCGUGUGGAAGCUGGCCCCCAUGUUCAAGGGCGUGGGCCUCGCUGCCGCGGUGCUGUCCUUCUGGCUGAACAUCUACUACAUCGUCAUCAUCUCCUGGGCCAUCUACUACCUGUACAACUCCUUCACCACCACACUGCCGUGGAAACAGUGCGACAACCCCUGGAACACAGACCACUGCUUCUCCAACUACAGCAUCGCCAACACCACCAACAUGACCAGCGCCGUGGUGGAGUUCUGGGAGAGAAACAUGCACCAGAUGACGGACGGGCUGGACAAGCCGGGCCAGAUCCGCUGGCCCCUGGCCAUCACCCUGGCCAUCGCCUGGAUCCUGGUGUAUUUCUGCAUCUGGAAAGGAGUCGGCUGGACUGGGAAGGUGGUCUACUUCUCCGCCACGUACCCCUACGUCAUGCUCAUCGUCCUGUUCUUCCGCGGAGUGACGCUGCCCGGCGCCAAGGAGGGCAUCCUCUUCUACAUCACGCCCAACUUCCGCAAGCUGUCCGACUCCGAGGUGUGGCUGGACGCAGCCACCCAGAUCUUCUUCUCCUACGGGCUGGGCCUCGGGUCCCUGAUCGCGCUGGGGAGCUACAACUCCUUCCACAACAACGUCUACAGGGACUCCAUCAUCGUCUGCUGCAUCAACUCCUGCACGAGCAUGUUUGCGGGAUUCGUCAUCUUCUCCAUCGUGGGCUUCAUGGCCCACGUCACCAAGAGGUCCAUCGCCGACGUGGCUGCUUCAGGCCCCGGGCUGGCCUUCCUGGCGUACCCAGAGGCGGUGACCCAGCUGCCCAUCUCUCCUCUGUGGGCCAUCCUGUUCUUCUCCAUGCUGCUCAUGUUGGGGAUCGACAGCCAGUUCUGCACUGUGGAAGGCUUCAUCACGGCCCUGGUGGACGAGUACCCCAGACUCCUCCGCAACCGCAGGGAGCUCUUCAUCGCUGCCGUCUGCGUCGUCUCCUACCUGAUCGGCCUCUCCAACAUCACUCAGGGGGGCAUCUAUGUCUUCAAACUUUUCGAUUACUACUCCGCCAGUGGCAUGAGCCUGCUGUUCCUUGUGUUCUUCGAGUGUGUCUCCAUUUCCUGGUUUUAUGGUGUCAACCGGUUCUAUGACAACAUCCAGGAGAUGGUUGGCUCCAGGCCCUGCAUCUGGUGGAAGCUGUGCUGGUCCUUCUUCACCCCCAUCAUCGUGGCGGGCGUGUUCCUCUUCAGCGCCGUGCAGAUGACGCCUCUCACCAUGGGGAGCUACGUGUUCCCCAAGUGGGGCCAGGGCGUGGGCUGGCUCAUGGCCCUGUCCUCCAUGGUCCUCAUCCCCGGCUACAUGGCCUACAUGUUCCUCACCCUGAAGGGCUCGCUGAAGCAGCGCCUCCAGGUCAUGAUCCAGCCCAGCGAAGACAUCGUGCGCCCCGAGAACGGUCCCGAGCAGCCCCAGGCGGGCGGCAGCUCAGCCAGCAAGGAGGCUUACAUCUAGGGGUGCAGGGCCGUUCACCGACCCCGGGCUGCCACCCCGCCCAGCCGCACUGGCCACCACUUGACCACUGAAGAUACCCUGUCUCCACUACCUCAAGUGGCGGGUCCAGACACCAUCACCAGGCAGAGAGGGGAGGUGGGUCGGGCAGCCCAGCCCUGGCUGUACAGCGGGCGGCUUCCAGCAGGCUGCGUGACCUUCUCACGGGCCCUGAGCGGUCCGUGGCCGCUCCCAGCCGCCACCCUUGCUCAUUUCUAUCCUGCCAGUGACUGUGGCCCAGGAAGGCCACACACGCCUGGCUUUUCUUCCUUCCUGACUGUUCUCUUCCCGCCAGAUCUGACUGUUAGCUGGGCCGUUGCCGGUCGCCAGGAGCCCGGGGGGCGGCUCUGGCGGCAGGGCAAGGUCCUUUCUUAGGUGGAGCCUGCAGCCAGGCGCCCCUUGAAGCAGCAGGGAGCCAGUGGGGCUCUGCUAUUCCAGUUUCUUAUCUUCUCCUUCCCAAGGCAGCUUGACAAAACCACCCCAGAGACCUCAGUUGUCUGGGCAGAGUCUUCCUGUCUCUGUCCCCCAGAGAUGGCUGCCCGCUGGCCUUCUGAUGGGACCUGGCCCGGCCUCCGGUCCACAAGGGCUCUGCUGGCUAGGAUAGAGCUACAAGCACAACUCUUUCGGUGACCAUUCCUCGGGACCUGACCCCGGCAGGUCCCGUUUCCCUGAGCUACCCCCCAGUUCAUAGAGCACAGAACCCCUCACAGGAAAGCCAGGGUAAAGGGUCUGGGCCAGGAGGGGUCUGCCUGCCCCUCGGUUUCCCUCUUCAAUAUGACACACUGCCACCCCUUCCUGCUGCUGUCUCCCCCACCGGUCUCCGGGAUCCCUGGCUGCCACUCAAAUCCACCCACCCGUUGAGGAGCCAGUGUGAAACCAGAGACCCCGCCCCGCCCCGCCCUGCACCUUGCUGUGCUACCCAGGGUGCACCUGGCCCACCCGGCGUUCCUUGUUGCUUUCUGGAAUUGGGCUCCAAGCUCGGCCUUUCUCAUUGGCUGAGAGGAGGGUUCCCGUAGCAAAGCCUGUGUCCUGCCCGGUAGUUCCUUAGCCCUGUAGCUCAUAAACUCUUGUUCUAUGACUAAUCCUUAAUAACUAUGGUGAAUAACUGUGACUGUGGGUUUUGUUUUUUUUAAUCUCUUGUUGUUGUUCUCAUCUGAAAAGUGACCAGCAUAGCUGUUCUUGCAAUAGGGUAUUACCCUGAGAAUAUUAAGCACAUUAUUGUAGAGAAUAAAAACACAUAUGCACAUAGAACCGCACAUCCAUCCUCGCGUGUGGUAUCACGUAGGCACCCACACCCUCUUUCCUGUGGCCGUCUGUACAGUAGUCUCCUUGCUAAGUCAUCCCCGGUGCCCAGUGGCGAAACUGUGGUCCAAGUGCAUAGGUAUUGUUAGGUUCUAGGGUUUACAGUGGCAGGACCUUACACUGUAUGUCAUGGCUCCAGCCCCACCUGUGUCUGAAUUACUUAGAAUAAGGGCAAGGAGACUUCUCACUUGCUCUGUGUGUUCAAGUCUUGAAGCCAAGUCUUUCUAACACAAAUGCAGCAUAUUUAUGUCUGUAAGCAACUCUGAAAUGUUUGGCAAGAAAUCCCCUAAUUGAUUUCCAUCCAAACUUACCUUCUAGAGCACAAUAUUAAGUGUCCGUACAAUUACUGUUAAGAACUGUGAAUAUGUGUAACUUUUUUUUUUUUUAGUAUUUACCCCGGGGGGGAAAAGAUAUUGUAUUAUCAUUAUAUGCUUUUUUUUUCUUUUUGCAAUAAGGAUUUAUUCUCAGAACACCAAGUAAAUUUAUCUCUAUAUAAAAAGUAUAUGUAAUAUAUGCAUAUUCAAACUAUAUACAGAGCCUGUUUUAAAAAAAAAUCACAAUAUUAUUUAGUAAAAUAUCUGUUCUAUGGACCAAAUGUAAAAUAUUUAUAAAUGAAGAUGCAUUUUAAAUGUCUAUAAAUGGUGUUAUAACUAGAG